GAAAAGAGAAAAAAAAUUAGGAAAUCAGAUACCGCUCUCACUCAAACUCUCUCCCUCGCCGCUCACGGUAGCCCUAUCUCACGCGUCCUUCUCUAUCUCUCACUCUCUCGUCUCGCUGAGCAACAGCGCCGCCUCCCUCCGACCGCUUUGCUCCGGUGCUGCACCUCCGUCGUACGUUCGUCGAGUCGCCGCAGUCGCACGCCGAAACAAUGGGUCUACGAUUAUUUGAUGGAAGUGAUUCUGACAAUGACAACUCAAAGAUAGAAAUUAAUCGGGAGUAUGCUAAAAAGUUUGAGCAUAAUAAGAAGCGAGAGGAUCUUCAGCGCUUAGAGGAGCUAAAGAAGAAGGGUAUAAUUGAAGACUCUGAAUCAGAAAGCUCGGAAUCUGAAUCAUCUUCCUCAGAAGAAGAUAACCAAAAUUUUAGGAAGGACUUGGAGUUCUUCGAUGCAUUAAUCAAGGUAAAGAAGCAGGAUCCGACCCUUAAACAGAAAGAGGCCAAGCUUUUCGAUUCAGAUGAUGACAGCCAUGGCAAGGAAAGUGACGACGUCAAAGGUAGUUUAAUAGAAAAGAAGAAAAGUAGUAUGUAUUUGAAAGAUGUUGUAGCAAAACAUUUGAUCGAAGAGGGCCCUGAAUUCAAUGAUGAGAAGAGUAAAAAUGUGAAGGUUUAUGAUAAGGAGCAAGAAGAGAUACGCAAGGCGUUCUUGGAGGCAGCCGAAGUGCAAGACGAAGAUGAUGAGGAAGAAUUGUUAAAAGUGAAGGAGAGAGGUAUGGUGGAAGAGGAAAAGGAUGAAGAAUUUGAGAGGAAGUUGGAUGAGUAUUUUGGGGAUGGGGAUGACCAAUUGGAUGAAGAUGCAAAGUUCUUGAAGCAGUAUUUUAAGAAUAAACUGUGGCUCGGUGAAGAUACAAAGGUUGAGGAGGAGGAGUUGAACAUGCUGUCGGAGGAUGAGGAAGAGAUUGAAAAACAAGAGGAAUAUGAAUACAGGUUCCAAGAAAAUGCAGGAGAUACCGUUUGGGGGCAUGGUAGGAGCGUUGAGGGGUCAGUUAGGAAAAAGAAGAAUUCGAGGAAGGAGCAGCGAAAGAAUAAGGAAGAGAGGAUGGAGAUUGCAAGAUUAGAGAGGGAGGAGGAGUUGAAGCAUUUAAAAAAUCUGAAGAAAGAGGAGGUAAAAGAGAAGCUUAGGAAGAUUAGGGAGACAGCAGGACUUAGGGAGGACGAGAAUUGCUUAUUGGAUAUUAAAGAUUUAGAUGAGGAUUUUGAUCCAGAAGAGUAUGACAGGAUGAUGAAAGCAGCUUUUAGUGAAGAAUAUUAUGAGAAAGAAGACAUUGAUCCUGGGUUUGGAAGUGAUAUGGAUGAUGAAGGCGAUGGUGAGAUCGAGAAACCUGAUUUCGACAAAGAGGAUGAGUUGCUUGGAUUGCCAAAAGGGUGGGCUUCUUCUGAGUUAGGUGAUGGCUUCUUAGCAGCUAGGCAAAGGAGUUUAAGCCAUAAAGUUGAUAGUGACAUGAGUAAUGAAGAUAAUGAAGAAGAUGAAGAACAGGACAAUGAGGAUGAAAAAGGAAAAAGAAAGAGGAAGCGUAAAUUAUCUCUGUACAAAAAAGCUAAAGAAGCCAUAAUGGAGGAAUAUUAUAAAUUAGAUUACGAGGAUACAGUCGGAGACUUGAAGACGAGGUUUAAGUAUGCCAAAAUACGACCUAAUCGUUAUGGAUUGAGUACUGCUGAAAUCCUGGCAUUGGAUGACAAGGAGUUGAAUCAGUUUGUUUCUAUGAAAAAGUUGGCCCCUUAUAAGGAAGAAUGGAAGAUGCCAAAUAGUACUAGACAGCGCCUGAAAAUGAGGUCUAGGGAGCUCCUUAGAGGCAAACAAUUUGGUGAACAGAAAGAUAUCCGGAAGAAAAAGUCGAAAAAUGGCUCCAGUAUGCACAUUUUGGAUGACAAUGAGAAUGACAAAGUACAAACUGAGGAUCAAAAUGUUAACAAGGGCAAUUUAUCUCGGAAAGCCAGGAGAAAGCAAAGUCAAGCUGAGCUUAAAUUGUCUCACUUUAGGAACCUGGCAUACGGCAAAACAUCCUCGAAAUCUAAGAAGAAAUCAAAACACUGAUCAUUAGCAGGUGGUUCUUGUCAAUCAUUAAUGAACUAACUUCUGUGUUUUAUUUUCCUCAUCGUGGUCUUGUCUCAAUAUUUUAUGAUAAUUGUGCAUCUGAAUUUUGAAUAUAAAAAGAAAUAGCAUACAAAGUAAUGCAGGUUGAUUCUUAGAUUGAUCGUCAGAUUUUAGGAUAAUGUUUUCUCUUUUGAAUUACAUUUUAAUUUUUGGGAGUAGCCUUCUAGUCAUUCACUGCCUAUUAUACUGUUAAAGGUUGAACUAAAAAGCUUUACUUUAGUA